CCCGCCCCCCACGGCGGCGCGGAGCCUGGAGCUGGCCGUGGUGCUGACGCUAGGCUCGGGCGCGCACUCGCUGCCUGGUUCGGGCGCGGCCGCGCCCUGCGACACUCCCCAGCCUCAGCGUGGCAAGAACACUGGCAACAUGGAGCUGAGGAGGGGAAAGACCUUCAUCAAAUCUAGCGUGCAGAUUUCCCAUGAGAAACUCAAAGACCCAGCAGCCUCUGUACCAGCCAAGGAGGACACAGGCCCUUGGUCACUCCCACUGGGAGGGCAACCGAGAUCCCACAGUGAGAAGAGCUCCCAGACUUCUCCCUGCAUUCAAGGGUAUGGCCAGUUCCCCGACAAAGAGAUACCAUCUGAUCCUGAAGGGGGUCCCACGACCGUCUGCGGAACCACCUUCAAGUUGGUGCGCAAGAGCAAGACUCACGACAGUGUACCAGGGGCCGCGAAGGCAGCCACCGCCACAGGACAGAUGGUGGGGAGCAUGAGCUUCCCAGAGACCCCUGGGGGUCAGCGUAUGAUUGACUACCGCCACUUUGUGCCCCAGAUGCCCUUCGUGCCGGCUGUGGCUAAGAGCAUCCCAAGGAAAAGGAUUUCCCUGAAGAGGCCCAAGAAGUGCUUUCGAAACCUAUUUCACAUCCGCAGAAGCAAGACUGAGAACUUGGCCUCACUAUCAUCCAAUGGGAAGAGCCUGUCAUCCUCUGAGGUCCCACUGGGUGUUGGGGCAGAGCAAGGCAAAUUGUUCCUCUCCGUGGGUGAGGGGCUGGGGCUGGACAGCCUAUGCCAGGAUCUGUCUGACAGUGAAUUUCUGCCAGACACACCCUUUGACCUCUGCAGCGCCCUGUGUGAGGACGUGGCCUCACUCAAAAGCUUCGAUUCGCUGACAGGUUGUGGGGAGAUCUUUGCAGACGGAAGCUCUGUGCCGUCUGUGGAGAUGAAAGAAGGUCCGGAGAGCCCAGCCCACUCACCCCAGGCUCUGGAUAGCAAGACUCCCCGGGGUCCCUCGCAGGAUAGCAUGGAACAGCUGGCAUCCCCUGCCCAGAACGAAGCAUCAGACUUCACCAAGUUCUGGGAUAAUGUAAAUCGCUCCGUGAAGCAGCAGCAGCGUGCCCUGCUGAGCCCAUGGCUGGUGAGUCCCCAGGGGACAGACGCAGACCCGCCCAGGUUAGAUACCUGUGGGUUAGCUGAACUGCCCUUGUUGCCUUGCAGGGGUCCCCCCAGUGGCUCCAAAGCCAGCUCCAUAGACACAGGUACCCCCAAAAGUGAACAGCCAGAAUCUGUGUCCACAAGUGACGAAGGCUACUAUGACUCCUUCUCACCUGGCCUAGAGGAGGAGAAAAAGGAAGCUGCCAGCCCAGGGACACCUGCGGCCACUUUCCCCAGGGACAGCUACAGUGGGGAUGCCCUCUAUGAACUCUUCUAUGACCCCAGCGAGGCCCCUGCUGGCCCCAUCCUAGAUGAUGACCUGUGUGUGUCUGAGAGUCUUUCGGGACCUGCCCUGGGGACUCCACUGUCAAUGUGUAGCUUCCACGUGGGAGCCGAGGAGAACCUGGCCCCAGCGCCGGGCCCUGACUUACUCAGUCAGGGAUUCUUGCAGAGUACCUGGAAGGGCAAGGAAUGUCUGCUGAAGCUCUGUGACACAGAACUUGCCAUCACCAUGGGCAUUGUCAAUUGGCUGCGCCGGACCCCACCCACCCCUGCCCCUGCUCCUGCCCCUGCCCCUGCCACUGCUCCUGCUCUUGUCCUUAGGGAGCCUGUUGCCCCACCUGACCCCCAUGGAGUCCUCAGGGCACCAACAGAGAGCCUAGAAGGCAGGGAAAGCCAGGCCUUAGAUACGGGCAAGGCCGUGACAUCCUUGGCACCCAGCAGACAGGCACCCUGGGCACACCCAGGAACCAAAGACUUGCUUGUAAGAGAGCGUGAGGUCCAAAGGGAGCCUGCAAAAUCUAUUACUGUCCCAUCUAAGGAUGACUCUCCAGAGGAAGGAACACAAGACCUUUCUGAAGGCCAAUCAUCCUCUGUAGCUGCCAUGACAACAGGCGUUUCUGGGAAAAGCAAAGCUCCAAACCCUGUCAUCCGUGCUAGCUCUCAGAAGGAACUUGGGACACCCGGGAACCUGAGGUGUGCUCAAGACCCCGUAAGACCAGGGCAUGGGAGAAGUGCUCUUGACCCAGGGCCCAUGCUUGUAGGUUGCGUGGCCCAUGUGGCAGCCUUGCAAAUUUAUCCAGACAGCCAUUCUCCCAGAAAGGAUAGGAGUUGUGGGCUCUUCUGGAAUCCUCAGACUUGGGGUCCCAACACUGUGCAGAAGAAACCCACAAGCGGCCAUCCUGAUGGAGCAGCUGUCUGUGGCUUCUCUUCCACAUCCAGCCCACAAGACCAGAGAUGUCAUGACCUUUUCCUGGACCUGAGUCAGCUCAAGUUGGAACCCUCCAGGCUAGGAACCCAGGCCUGUGCCUCUGUAGACAGCCAGCCCCAACAACUCAGUCCCAGGGCUCCAGAGCAGGUACCUCAUAGGGGUUCAGUGGGAUCCUGAACCAUUCUGGGCCCCUGCUGUCCAGUAAAGCCUCUGCGGCUGUCUCCCGGAAAUUCUGGGGCUUUCUUUGGACAGCAAAUAGUGGCAAGUCGCUUCUUGACACAUGCUACAAAAUGCUGCCAUGGCCUUCUGGCCUGAUACAGACUUCUUUGUGGAUAACUGAAAGUGGGGGCUUGCAAGCCAGCCGUGGCUCAGGCGCACCCACAGGACAGGCUCGUGUUUCUGCAGAAGCUGCAUCUGUACGACCUCAUUCAGAAGAACCAAGGACCAGAGUCUUCGUCCUUAUUGUCCUGACGUGAGGAUUGUAUUUGGGGUAGAGAUAGUGGGGCUCAGGCACGUGGGGGAGGGGGAGGGGAAGGGGAAAUGAGAUGAAGGAAUCCUUAUCUGAUCCCAGGGCCGGAAGUUGGAAGGCUGGAAGUUUGCUGCCCUUCAAGCCACAGAACAGUCAGACUGAUGGCCAGAAAAUCAGUUCAUGUUGUAAAUGAAGACUGGGCAGCCAAUCUAUCUGUUUGAGGCAUAUGAAAAGGAGGAGGGCUAAUAGCUCAAGAGACUGAGAACCCCAUGGGAUUGACUUCACAAGGACCCAGUAGCCUCAUCCAAACCUACUCUUUACAUUGGACAGAAGUCCACAGCACACUCCAACGUCACAAUGCUUCUCUUUGGGAAUAACAAGGACCAUCCCUGUCUUGGCAACAGGCUGGAACCAGCCAGCAUGGCGCAUGUGCACAGUUUUGUUGGGGCUGGCCAGACCCUACCUAGUCAGUACCAGCAAGUUCUGUCGUGGGUCAUUCUGUGCAAGCAACGACUUCUUUCAGCUUGUUCUCUGAGGCCUUGCGUGGGAAAAUGCCCACUCUCCUUCCCACCUCUGCCAUUCUGCCUUGGAGUUGCAAAGGCCUUGACUUCUGCCCCUUUCACCCCAUCAGUAUCCCCAUCUCUUCUCCAGGAAACCCUCUGAAUGGAGCUGUGCUCACCACCCCUAGCCCAAAGGCAACUCAUGAACAGCACUGAAGCAUUCAGAAUCAUGAAAGGACCUGAUGGCUGGUGUCCCCGGGAAGGAUCGGCAUCUCUUUUGAACCAGCAUGAGGGCAGGAGCAGAGGGCCCAUCCUCACUGUCAAGGAUUUGAUUCUACCUCAGCCAAAAUAAUCCAGUGGCGGCCAAAGGGUGAGGAUGGCAGGUAGCUGUAGACUUUGUUUCCAGGACCAUAUGACAGACAGGUUGCUUGAGAGGUCACGCUUCAUAUGCAGCUUCUGUGGAGAGGGUCAGGAGUUUCAGGCAAGCACUGUGGUCUCAUUGGCAGCAUGUGCUCAGUCUCUGAAUGCUCAAAGUGGCAUUUAGAAGGCUCUCAUGGCCAUUGGCAUCAGCAGCUCACCAAGGUUGCUGUGGGUGAGAUGAGGGCUGUGCACCAUAGGUUAAAGUGGGUAUCAAGAUUGUAGCUGCGUGAACCUGGGCACACAGAGAUGCUGGGCUGCUCACCUGGGAAGCCAUGGCUUUUCCCCUUAUGGCAAAACUCCAUCAUGACAUCACUGAGCCUGUUGAAUACUGAUAAAUAGAAGGACAUUCUGCAUGAUCCCAGCAGCAGUCUGAGGUAAAUCUGACACUCGUUUUCAGACCUAGGGACUGGGCACAGCUUGCGUGACCUUCCUUUGGACACACACAUAUAGUGUGCAGAUAGUGGGGUUCAAAUCCCUUCCAAACCCUACUACAAAGCUCUGCUGUGCAGUAGGUUCUGGAACAUACUGAUGGUUUCCCUCAGCUGACAUUCCCAGAAUCUUCACUCCUUUCUUCUUUCGGGCCACAGAUGCCUGAGCACCCUAGGGUGCCAACCACGUGUCUUUUGUAAUCAGGCUGAGAGCUCAGUAAGAAGGCCACUCUAUCCCAGUCACAGCCCUGGGGCUUUGUACUGUACCCGACAGAGAAAAUGCUCAGUAAAUACUUUUUU